GCAAACAAAAUGGAAGAUCGUUAAAGAAGAGGGCUCAAGACUUUCUGCUGAAGUGGAGCUUUUUUGGUGCCCGAGUAAUGCAUAAUCUUACCUUGAACAAUGCAUCCAGCUUUGGUUCUUUUCAUUUGAUUCGAAUGCUUCUUGAUGAAUACAUCCUCCUGGCCAUGGAGACCCAAUUUAAUAAUGACAAAGAGCAGGAGUUACAGAAUUUAUUGGACAAAUAUAUGAAGAAUUCAGAUGCAAGUAAAGCUGCUUUCACUGCUUCUCCAAGUUCGUGCUUUCUGGCCAACCGUAAUAAAGGGAGUUCGGUCUCCAGCGACACUGUGAAGAAUGAAAGUCAUGUGGAAACAACCUAUCUUCCUCUGCCAUCCAAUCAUCCCGGAGGCCUAGCCCCUGCCCUGCACCCAUUCCCUGCUGGGAACACAGAUGACAUGACGCUUGCAGGUCAAAUGGAGCUUUCACAGACUGCUGGUCAUCUGAUGACACCACCCAUAUCUCCAGCCAUGGCAAGCCGAGGAAGUGUCAUUAAUCAAGGACCAAUGGCAGGGAGACCCCCAAGUGUGGGCCCAGUACUGCCAGCUCCAUCACACUGCUCAACAUACCCAGAGCCCAUUUAUCCCACUCUCCCUCAAGCCAACCAUGACUUCUAUGGGACUGGCUCUAACUAUCAGACUGUGUUUAGAGCACAGUCCCACCCUCCAUCAGGACUCUAUCCUCAUCACACUGAACAUGGUCGGUGCAUGGCUUGGACUGAACAACAACUUUCUAGAGACUUCUUCAGUGGCAACUGUGCUGGGUCUCCAUAUAACUCCCGGCCACCUUCCAGCUAUGGACCAUCCUCACAUGCCCAGGAUCCACACACUAUGCAGUUUUUAAAUACAGGAAACUUCAAUUUCCUGAGCAAUACAGGGGCUGCCAGUUGCCAAGGAGCAACAUUGCCUUCUAGUUCACCUAACGGAUACUAUGGAAGCAACAGAAACUAUCCUGAGUCUCACAGACUUGGGUCGAUGGCAAAUCAGCACGUUUCUGUCAUCAGUAGCGUCCGUUCCCUGCCUCCCUACAGUGACAUCCAUGAUCCACUUAACAUUUUAGAUGAUGGUAGUAGAAAACAAACUAGCUCAUUUUAUGCAGACACACCAUCUCCAGGCUCAUGUCGGACUCCGGUACUAGCUUCCAACUUGCAGACCUCAAUUCCUUCUUCCUCAUCCCAGUGUAUGUAUGGAACCUCCAAUCAGUAUCCAGCUCAAGAAACCCUGAAUUCCCAUGGAACCAGCAGUCGAGAAAUGGUGUCUGCUUUACCGCCCAUCAACACUGUGUUCAUGGGAACGGCAGCUGGAGGCACCUAAAUCAACGAUGCUGGGGGAGUGUUGAAACUUUAAAAUCUCUACUGUGCAAAUAUCAUUAUUCACUUAGACUACUAUGAGAGUGAAGAAAACGGAAUAUGUAGUGGCUGAAAUUGUUUUUCAAAUCACUGGUAUUAUGGACAAUGCCAUAGUGAAUGGAGAUACUUGCAGAGUUUGUCUUGCACACAAAUUGCUUAAAAUGUGAGCUCAUGACUAGUAAUCAUAGUUUCAAAAAAUAUCAAAUAAAACCAGUGGAGAUUUGAAGCUACCAAUGUUUCAACUAUGAAGAUUCAAUAGUUCAUUUUUUAAUUAUUAAAAAUUUGUGUGCUUUUUCAUCUCUAAAAAAGAGAAAAGUGUAUUUAAUGUCUUUCUAAUACUUUUAAUUUAUUAUGAUCUCAAAUCAUUGUUUGCUAUCCCUUAUUUGACAAAAAGUCAAAUUGGAUGUUCUACCUCCUGUGGAAAUGUUUACAAUUCCAAUCAGCCUAGACCCAGGUUGCUUGACUUUCUAUUUCUGUGCAUUAGUGUGGUGAUUUCUGGUGCACAGUAGUAUUCAAAGUCUAUGUAACUGAACAGAGGUGAUAAGUGCUGUCUCUUCCUUAUUUAAAAAUGAUAAAAAGAAAUAAAAGAAGCGAUGCAUGGA